GGCUUCGCGGCUCGGCUGCCGCCUGUCUCCCCUACCCGCCCGGAGCGUCUGUUUCACCACAGCUGCCGUCGGGGGUCGCUCUCCUAGAGGCUCCCAGGAAGCGGAUGCUCCAGUGCCCGGAGCCGCAGGCCAAAAUGGCGCUCGUAUGGGCCGCCGCGGACGGCCGGGCCCAGCCCCGAGCGCCGAGGCGGAUCUGGUAUGAACAGGAUUCGGAUCCACGUCUUGCCGACCAAUCGGGGGAGAAUCACUCCGGCGGCCAAGUCUCAGGAGCCUCUGUCUUGUUCCUUCACGCACCGCCCAUGCUCGCAGCUGCGCCUGGAGGGGCAGGAGUUCUGCAUCAAGCACAUCCUUGAGGACAAGAAUGCGCCCUUCAAGCAGUGCAGCUACCUGUCCUCCAAGAAUGGGAAGAGGUGCCCCAGUGCCGCCCCUAAGCCCGAGAAGAAAGACGGGGUGUCUUUCUGUGCUGAACAUGCCCGUAGAAAUGCCUUGGCAUUUCACGCGCAAAUGAAGAAGACCAAUCCGGGGCCUAUGGGCGAAGCCCUCUUGUGCCAGCUGAGCUCCUACGCUAAGACAGAGCCGGGGUCUCAGACUCCAGAGAGUAGCCGCAGUGAAGCUAGCCGGAUUCUGGAUGAAGACAGCUGGAGCGACGGGGAGCAGGAGCCCAUUACUGUGGAUCAGACGUGGAGAGGCGACCCUGACAGUGAAGCUGAUAGCAUAGAUAGUGAUCAAGAAGAUCCCUUGAAACACGCUGGUGUUUACACAGCAGAAGAAGUUGCCCUGAUUAUGCGGGAGAAACUCAUUCGUUUGCAGUCCUUAUACAUUGAUCAAUUUAAACGACUUCAGCACCUCCUCAAGGAGAAAAAACGACGUUACUUACACAGUCGCAAAGUGGAGCAUGAGGCACUAGGCAAUAGUCUCUUGACUGGCCCAGAGGGACUUUUGACCAAAGAACGAGAGAACCUCAAGCGACUAAAAUGCCUUCGACGGUAUCGACAGCGCUAUGGAGUGGAAGCCUUGUUACACAGACAGUUGAAAGAACGCAGAAUGCUGGCCACAGACGGUGCUGCCCAACAGGCCCAUACUACUCGUUCCAGCCAGAGGUGUUUGGCUUUUGUGGAUGAUGUUCGCUGUUCCAAUCAGUCUCUCCCAAUGACCAGACACUGCCUUACCCAUAUUUGUCAGGACACGAAUCAGGUUCUCUUCAAAUGCUGCCAGGGGUCUGAAGAGGUGCCCUGCAACAAGCCAGUUCCUGUAAACCUCUCUGAGGAUCCCUGCUGCCCUCUGCAUUUCCAGUUGCCUCCCCAGAUGUAUAAGCCCGAGCAGGUUCUGUCAGUGCCAGAUGAUCUGGAAGCCGGCCCCGUGGACCUGUACUUGAGUGCUGCUGAGCUCCAGCCCACUGAGAGCUUACCUCUGGAGUUCAGUGAUGACUUGGAUGUUGUAGGAGAUGAUAUGCAGUGCCCUCCAUCACCCUUGCUUUUUGAUCCUUCACUGACCCUUGAAGAUGACUCAGUCAAAGACAUUUCAAAAGGCCCUGUGGAUAUUUUGGGCCAAGUGCAGAUGCCUGGAGAUGGCAACAGACUGCAGGGAUCUCGAAAUCCUGAGAAAGUCUCCACACCAUUGCUUCAGGGCGGAGUGGCCACUGCAAAUGGAAAGCCAGAACCCACGUCUCUCAGCUGAUUGUUUUGGGAGCCAUCUGACUGGAGGAUUUGAACUACCCAAUUACACAAGCACUUGUCAGUAGAAGACAGCCCAGGCCAUUGUGCUUGCCUUACGGGUGACUCAGUGCUGUAGUCAAAGGAAGACCAGAUCUGGGGGUGGGGUGGGGAAUGAACCAGUAGUGUUUAAAGGUGGGCAAGUGGGUGUCUUUCCCACUGGGCAAGAGAGAUCAGUGAUUCCUGAGGCAUUUGUAAUGGGAUUUCUCGCACCUUGGGAGGAAUUCACAUAGGUGUGUAAGUGGGAGGUGAGAACUUGCGUACCCUCGGAAUAUCGUUGGACCCAGUGUCUGAUUAUUUCCAAUAGCCAACAUUUUUGCCUUCUCUCAUCACUUAAUUGGGUAAUCUGGACCCCCCUCCAAUGAACUAUGACCUAUAACCUCAAUGAGAAAACGGCCCAUAGGUUGGACCCUUAACCAGCCUACUUUCUAACUUAUGUAAAUUUCUGUAGUGUCCAUUCUGUGUAAGAUACAAAAUGACUGUCUAUAGUUUCUAUUAAAUAAUAAAAUGUGAAAAAUGUCAAAACA